AUGGCUGAUACAAGCAACGAACCCCAGGUCGAAUGGACCUACAACAUCCCCAACUGGUUUCUCGAAGAGAACAUCAAAACACCAACCGAGCUGGGGGAAUCCAAAAUCGCGAUCGUCAAGACACAAUCGCCCACCCUCGAGUCCCAGCAGGACCCAGAAAAGUACGAACUGCACGAGGAUCUCUAUGGGGAAUUCCGAGACAUGGUUGCCGGCACUCUACUCAACAGAAUCGAAGGUUCACCAGCAACAGUCGGCUUGGAUCCCCACCACCCUUGUUUGACCCUUCAGGCCCGAUCGCUGGUCUACGGAACGGCGGUCCUCACGCACUUGGCUAAAGAUCUGAACACGACCUUGGUCCAUCUAGACUUCAGGGAUUUGCAGAGCCUUGCAUGCGACUUUUUCAUACAGGAUACGACCUCCGGGGCGCAAGAGAUUGUCCCUGAGGAGAGCGCCUCGAAUGGAACUCCAAGCUCAGAUGAUUCCGGCGAUUCCCCGGGCUGUUUGACACCGUUGAGCUCCAAUUCUGAGGACCUGGGAAUCCAUGCUUUAUAUGAACAAGCGGAAGCUGAAAGCCAGGACAUCAAACCGGCCCAGCCAGAGGAUGACGAAGAGACGAUCAACUUGCUCAAUCGGCUGAAGACAGAGCCGAGUGCGGUAGCAAUCAUGGACGUCUUCUUCGCUCCCCGAUGCGAGAAGCAUACAAGAACAAAAGGGCUCUUUCGCCGUGCAAAGCAGUCCAUUCAGAGUAUUGUCGAAGCGUCUUGGAAACAUUCCCAGACGGUAUGCAGUCCCUCUACAAUAAACAGAUCUCCGGUUAUACUACACAUUCGAGAUCCCCAGGAUAUCCGGGACUUGCAUUUUGGAACAAAGAUCCUCAAGAACAUUCGAAAUGUUAUCCAGGAGUAUCGACGAAAGCAAAUACCGGUUGUGGUUAUCGCCACAGUGCUAAAAACGCCAACGGGGUCCAUGGCCCGCAAACUGCUCACCAGCACGUCUACUGUUCAAUUCGACCUCGACACUUCACUGUUGUCUAAGUACGAGGCUUUAUUUGAAGAGGAGAAAAGCAGAUACGACAUUCGGCAGACAAAUCGAACAUUCAAGCAGUAUAUACGGCUGGAUCGCAACUAUCACCUCUGGUCACAUCUCGUUCCUGACGACUUGGAUCUCAUCACACAUGACGAUUGCCCGGAUAUCUCGCGGACUGCCAACCAGAUUUCUGGUUUACUUAUGACCAAAGGGACUUUGCAGGUACAAGAUUUCCGAGACAUACUGGCGAGAAACGAUCGGUUGAAGCAAAACAACCCAUCACCAGAGCCACCAAAGGAAGAGAAACAGGCGAAAACCAUCUCAGAUCGCCUUGAAGAGAUCCGUGACUUGUGCGAUGAAUACGAACAGGGUCUCUUUCCAAAGGUUAUCGACACGGAAAAGCAGAAAGUCACAUACGAUAAUGUCAUCGUCCAAGACAGCGUCAAGGACACCAUGCAAUACCUGGUCCGCCUGUCCAACGUCAAAUUCGAAGGAAGUUCACAGGCCUUGAUCGACAGUGUCAACGUCAAAGGAGCAUUGCUGUACGGCCCUCCAGGGACGGGAAAGACCCAGCUCGUUCGUGCAAUGGCCAGCGACUCCAACUCUGCCAUGAUCGUCAUCACAGCAUCCGAUAUCGAGAGUAAAUGGGUCGGGCAGACUGAGAAAAACAUCAGCGCAGCCUUCUCUCUCGCACGAAAACUGUCACCGUGUAUCCUAUUCAUCGACGAAGUGGAUGCCUUGCUCUAUCGCCGCUCUUCUUGCGAUCAAAGCUGGAGACGAGAGAGCCUCACCCAAUUCCUCCAGGAGAUGGACGGACUGUCGAAUAAUAAAGAUGCUCCAUUUGUUAUCGGGGCUGCCAACCACCCAAUGGAUCUUGAUGAGGCGUUCCUCCGGCGUUUACCUUAUAAAGUGAAGUUUGGAAUGCCAGGCUUGGAAGAAAGACGGAAGAUUCUUAGUAUCUUCUUGAAGCAGGAUGAUCUGGAUCCAUUAUUCACUAUUGACGCCCUUGCCCAACAAACAGAAGGGUAUACUGGCUCUGAUCUGCGCGCGCUAUGUGGUCAAGCGGUGUUGGACUUUGCCAUUGAAAAAUCCAAGUCCCAGGCUGCCAACGAAGAUGGCACUGAGGCCGUCAUCAAGGUACAACUUGGUGUCGAUCAUUUUGCGAGAGUACUCCAAAGGGUGCAGCCAAGCGUCAGUGCCAGAUCUCACCUGGAGAUUGACAAGUUCAACAGCCUUUUCAACUCUUAA